GCUGCCUAGCGCCGCUCGCUUCACAGACAGGGCGGUAGGUGUGGAUGGAGUAGGUCAGGUUUUCGCGAGAUGUUGUCGAGCGUUGAGUCCGUGUGACCGGCUGAUAUAAUGGGUGUGUUGCAGGAAUCGCGCGGAAAGAGACCCUUCAAGUUAUGGGACGGAAGACGUAACGUGCGCAAGGGGCUGGUGGUGGGAAGUCUCGAGGAGCUGGUGCAACGAGGCAGAGACAAACUAGGAGUUUCCAUCGGAGAACCGGUCCGAUUGGUCCUCGAGAGCGACGGCACCCAAGUCGAGGACGGCGAGUAUUUCCGCACCCUUCCUGCCAACACUAUCCUCUUGCUGCUCAGGCCGGGGGAGAGAUGGCUACCUGCAGGCGUGGACGUCAUCAAAGCAGUAGCAAUCUCAGCCAUACCUAAAAUUGUAUGCGAGACCAUUCACGCAUUGGAACUGCACGAUGAGACGCCAUCCUGGAAAAUCAUGGACAACAAAGGGCGCGUCACCGUCGUCCUACACUGGGACCAGAGGUCUGGUCCAUCGAGAGCUCCGUCUGAGACGCCUUCGCCGGCUCCGGGUAAGUUUUCACCGAGUAAAAGGCCGCCGCUCGUGAUCCAAACAGGAACAGGAGGCAAGAAGGAGACCAUCAUCAACGACGUUUACGUCCCCGCGCCCGCCCAGCCCCAACCGCGAUAUGCAAGUCCUCAGAUCACUGUGAUAAACCACGACGACAUCAAACCCGUUCAUAGGUUAUCAAAACAGGGCAGCUCGUUGGAAAGCGCCACCAUCCACAUCCACACAUCCGAGUGCGCCCAUCACGCCCACAUGCCACGCGCCGGCAGUCCUCAAAGCAACGGGGCCAUCGAAUGCGACUUCCACUGCUGCGCCUUGCACGAAGAAGGGCGCAAGAUCGCCGUACACAAGAGCGUGGCCACAUCGCCGAUCCAAGAUACGCAGCAGACUUCUCCCCAGCCUCCUUCCCGACACGUUCGUUUUUUAGACAUUGAAGGUGACGGCUAUGGCGGGCAGUCCGAACACGAGAGCUCCGAAAGUGAAACGGAGAACACCGUGAUGGAGGACGAAGCCGUCACCUCAGAAAAGUUCCUGCUGCUGAUCGACCAACUCAGCGUCGACCAGAAACGACAUUUGAGUAUCAGAGAUAUAGGCGUCAUUUUGGACCGCCUCAGCUCGAAAAUCCUGGACGUGGAGAGGCUCGACAGGGAGAGCGAGAGCGACGACUGCUUCAACUGGACGAUCAAGGCGACGAUCAGAGGAGAUAUAAUGAGGGACCUGGGUGUGAUAUAUAAUGGAAAUUACUAUGCGAUCUCGGAACACCCAGGGUAUAAAGAAGAAAAUGAGGGUGUCAUGGAGGAAGCUGAAGAGGAGGAGGAGGAGGAAGAUCGGCUGUGAAUCGUUAAGCUACUUACCGACUGCCACAUGUCAAAAUGCACAAAGCAGACUUUAGUAAUAAAAUGAGCAGGUGCAAUAUCACAUAUCCGAUGUGACAUGUUCGUAUCUGUAAUGACUCAAUAAAAUAAUGGUGUAACGCGUGCUGCGGUAGGGGUGGGGUGCAGCCGUGGCGUACUGUGUUAUACCGUCGAAAGAACUCGAUGGACGGUCAGACAAUCGCGACGAUCUCGUACGAUUGAAAUCGUCGGCAAAUAUCGGCAGAAAAUAAUUUUUUGUAUAGGUAUUGAUCCUGUUGAAAAUCAUGUAAAUCAUUUAUAAAUAAUAAAUACAAAUAAGCGCU